AUGGGAAGGUUGGGGUUGGUCACAUUUACUUUGGCCAUCCAAGUCCGAAUCAUGGUUUCCUACGUGACCAAACUCGCCGUCGCGUCGGCCGUCGUGGCGGCAGUCGCCCAAGCGCAAGCCGCCGACAACUGCGGUGGCGUCGCCGAACGUCCUCCCACGGCCGAACUUCAAAUCAUCUCGUACAACGACGUGUACGAGAUGAAGCCGUACGAUGACGGCAACGGAAUCCUCGUCGGUGGGCCCUCGCACGUCGUGCCCCUGGCCAAGACGCUCCGCAAGAACUACGAGAACAACCUGGUUUUGUUCGCUGGGGACACCAUGAGCCCGUCGUUGUGGUCGGCCUACUUUAAGGGCAUGCACAUGAUCGACGCACACAACGCAAUCGGUGUCGACUAUGCCUGCCUCGGCAACCAUGAGUUUGACUUUGGCAUCGACGGGUUCCUCAACGUGAGCGCCAAGUCGACGUUCCCCUGGCUGAACGCAAACACGUACGAGCUGAGCUCGAAGAAGCUCCUGCGCGGAACGAUCCCGAACGCGGUCAAGUCGUUCAAGUCGGCCACGAUGGGGGAGUUCAAGGUCGGCUUCUUCGGCGUCAUGUACGACAUGCAGGACGACUCGAAGGGCUUAUACUGGACGGACCCGAUCGUGGCUGCCAAGGAGCAAGUGGCGUACCUCCGCAACACGGAAAAGGUCGACUUUGUGAUUGCGCUUACGCACCAGGGGUGA